AUGGCGUCUGCUGAUCUGAGACAGGAGCUGGACUGUUCCAUCUGCCUGAGCAUUUAUACAGAUCCUGUAACCCUGAGAUGUGGCCACAACUUCUGCCGGGUCUGUAUUGAUCGUGUGCUGGAUACACAGGAGGGGUCUGGAGCUUAUACCUGUCCUGACUGCAGAGCAGAGUGUCAGGAGCGUCCUGCACUGCAGAGGAACAUAACGCUGUGUAACAUAGUGGGGAGGUUCCUGUCUACUCGGCCAGAUCAGGAGGAGACAGGGAUCUUCUGCACUUACUGUGUGGCCUCUCCUGUCCCUGCUGCUAAAUCCUGUCUGCUGUGUGAGGCUUCUCUGUGUGAUAAACACCUGAGAGUACACAGCAAGUCAGCAGAACACGUCUUAUGUGAUCCCACCACUGCCCUGGGGAACAGGAAAUGCUCCGUCCAUAAGAAGAUCCUGGAGUAUUACUGCACUGAGGACGCUGCCUGUAUCUGUGUGUUCUGUUCAGCUGGAGAACAUCGGGGACACCAUGUGGAGAUGUUGGAUGAGGCCAUUAAGAAGAAGAAGAAGAAGAAGCUGGGAAAUGUUCUGCAGAAACUGACCAUAAAGAGAGAGGAGACUGAGAAAAGAGCCCAGAGUCUUCUGCAGGAGCGCAAGAGAGAAGAACAGGGAAAAGCAGAUGGUGUAACAGAGACAGUCACUGCCCUGUUUAGAGACAUCAGGAGACAGCUGGAAGACCUGGAGAAGAGAGUCCUGAGUGAGAUCUCCAGGCAGGAACAGCGCGUUUCACUCUCAGUCUCUGAUCUGAUCCAGCAGCUGGAAAUAAAGGACGAGCUGUCCAGGAAGAUGCGUCACAUUGAGGAGCUGUGUAACAUGUCUGACCCAGUGACUGUCUUACAGGAACCAGACACAGGGGACUUGUGUGAUACUGAGGCCACAGAGAGACAUUAUAACCAGGUCCAUGGUGCAGGAGAUCUGGAUGUGGGUCUCAUCUCAGGGACAUUACAUACAUUAUCUGGUAUAAUAACAGGUAUAAAUACAGGGAUCUAUGUGCAGGAAGCUACAGAACUAUUACUGGAUGUGACCACAGCUGGUAAUAAUAUACAGAUAUCAGGUGACAGGAAAUCUUCAUCUAGGUCACCAUAUCUGAAUCACCCAGUAACACCAGAGAGAUUUCAGUGUGAGCAGGUAAUAAGCAUCAGGAAAUUCUCCUCAGGGCGACAUUACUGGGAGGUGGAUGUCAGUAAGUCAGUGUUCUGGAGGGUGGGGAUGUGUUAUCCCAGUAUAGACAGGAGAGGAGAUCAGUCACACAUUGGGUAUAAUAACAAGUCCUGGUGUCUGUGUUGGAGUGGGUGGAAUAAUCAGUACUCAGUAAGACAUGACAGUACAGUGAUCCAGUUACCUGACAGUAUCCCCUGUGACAGAGUGAGGGUAUAUCUGGAUUAUAAGGCAGGACAGCUGUCCUUUUACUCUCUGUGUGACACCAUCAGACACUUACACACCUACACUGCCGCCCUCACUGAGCCCCUCCAUGCUGCAUUAUGUGUUGGGGACAGUUUUUUUGAUCCUAAAGGUUCUAUAACUAUAUCUGGGGGAGUCAGGAGCUGGGAGAAAUUACCAUAGGAAAUCCUCCCAGAGACUGGUGACAUCACAGGGAGGGGAAUAUGAUUGGUGAAGCACUCAGCCAAUAGAAUGUAGCAGUAGGUGGAGCUACAGCUGAGACCCUCCCAGUAUAUGACCACAUGACCAGUGUGUCUGGAGCUGUUCCCUUAUUGGUGUGUUGCUGUCAUUAUAACUAUAUAAAUACACAUCUCUGCCUCUGACACCUGUGAUUGGCUGGAAUAUCUGUCUGUGCUGAUGUCAGUAUAGUGUGAUGGUGACAUUAUGAGUGACAUCAUUGUGACUACAUCCCCGGCCCAUCACCACACACCUGACCAUAGGAAGGACAGCCCAGCACAGAGCCGGAUCAAGGCUAUGGGGGGCCCGGGGCACUUCAAACAGCGGGGCCCCUAAGAAUCGGGCAGGCAAUUUUAUAUAUAUAUACCUGGGAUGAUUUGCUACCUGGUGUUAUUAUCUGAUGUAUAGCUGUUACAGAUAACCUCCUGAGGAAGGCCCAUUUUGGGCCGAAAGCGCUUGAGGAUACCAUUCAAGUGGAAUA